AUGUCAACUGACAAUAAAUCCAACAGGUCGUGCAGGAUGUGGAAAGAGCUACUUCCCCCACCAAGCCGUGCGGCAGCUGUGAGCCUCACCAACUCAACCACACCACACAUCUACAACCUCCGCACGCUAGCAUACCUCCAACCCUCAGCUGCACACCGAUCCGUCCGAAAGUCCUCACCGUCACUGCCAGCGCCCUCUCCAAACCCACCUCUCCAUGCCCAUUGUCACCGGCAAGCUCACAUUCAAAGCUGGCAAGACACCAUGGCCAAAGUCGCUGGCAUCUGUGCAAAGACCAGUGCACCGGCGGUGUUGGAUGGACCGUUGAACGAGUUGGAGAAGCAGACGGAGUACGCCGUGCUUGCGGCUAUCGAUGGCUUUCAGUCGCUGUUUCGCAAGUCGGCGGACGAGGAGUGUUACCAAAUUGCUCCAUAUGUCUACCAUAGGCCCAGGCUCGUCCUCGAGUUUGUCUCGGGUAAGCAAUCCUUCCCGUCGAUCCUCCUUUAA